AUGUCAGAUUAAAAGAAAUCCAAGAAACCCAAUUUAUCAUCGAUCAGUUUGACUGAGAAACCCUCGAUCAUGAAACAGUAGAAAUCUCCUAAACACUACAAGAUGUCUUUCGAUCCUGAAAAGUAUGUCGAGAGGGAAGAUUAUGUGAAGAUGGAAAAGAAAUAUAAUGAGUUGGUGUAGAGAGUACAGGCAUUGUUUUUGGAGAUCAACAAUAGAUAUUAUGACUUUAAUGACAUCAAUGAAAAAUUGAAUCGAAAAUCAAAUGAAUUUGGAUAUACGAGAUUGGAUCCUCAUCGAUUGAUUGAAUUGAUCAAGGAAAUGCUUGCCACUUAUAUUAAGGGUAUCAUUUAAACAGAAGAAGAAGUUUAAUCGUAUAAGUUAUGCAAUGAUGAUGAAUAAUAAGAUUAUAUUUGGUUGUUGCAUAAGAGUGAAAUGGACAUGAGAAAAAUGAUAAGAGAGAAUUAGUAACUGAAGCUAUUGAUCUAGAAUUUGGAAAUUAAAAUCAGCAAUAAUGAGAAAUAAAUUGAAUUACUCACUACCUACACACAAAAGGCCAUGGAAGAAAUGAAAAGUGAAUUCACCUUUGCCAUAGAUUUACUAUCCGAAAGAGAGAGCAGUCUCAAUAUACUUAAGGAUGAAAUCAAGAGAUAAACUGAACUCAUUACUUCAUAAAAGUAGCAGUUGAUAUCAGUACAAGUUUUAGAACACAAAAUGGGUCAUUUGGCUGAAAAACAAAAUAAAGAAAAAUAAAAGAUCAAAUAAGAGUAUGAUCAUACUGUCAAGCAAAAGGAACAAUACCUUAAACAAUCAUUCUAGUUGGACUAAAGAGCAAAAGAAAAAGUAAUAUAACAAUUGGAAUCAGAAGUGAAAUAAUUGCAAAUUGAAAAAAACAUUAUUGAGAGAGAUUUAGCAUAAAAGAUUGAGUUUUCAUAAAAGAAGAUAGAUAAUCAAAAUAACUAAUUAGCAGAAAAGAUAUCUCAGAUCUCUUAUUUAUAAAAGAAGAUUAUCGAUAUACAUCACAGCAACUAUUUAUAAGACAAAGCCAAUCAUUAAUCUACUAAACAUGAACCCUGA